UGGCAACCAACAAACAAACCCUAACCCUAAUUCACCCUCCGCCAUUCCCCUUUCUUCCUUGACAGGUUUCUCUCAACUCAUCCCUGAGAAAUUCCAAUUGUGAAUGGUGGAAAUCUUGAUUCUUUGGUGGAUGAUCUUCCCCCUUCCCUCGAGGGGGAUCUCUUCUCUUUCCACCGCUUUCGCCUUUGGAUCUUGCAAGGAAGGCUGGUAUUACCGCUGCAUCGGCGUCGAUCCGUGAAAUCGGAAUCUCUUUUCCUCAACGCCACCGUCUAAUCUAAUCGCUCUCCUCCGAUCAUCCUCACCUGUUUUACGAUUCAAUUCCAUUCGCUUCAUUGUUUUGUUCUUUCGUUUCCCCGUUUCAAGGAUAAAAAGAGGAAAAUUCGUAUUUGUUUCUUCGAACAAGGAUGUUGCUCAUGAAGCAUAAGAAGAAUCAGGCCGGGAAAGCCUCCGGCAACCGUUUAUUGAUCAGCGUUACCGUUAUCGGUAGCGCCGGUCCGAUCCGUUUUGUUGUUAACGAGGAGGAGGUGGUGGCUGCCGUCAUCGAUACCUCUCUAAAAUCCUACGCUCGCGAAGGGCGUCUCCCAAUCCUUGGCUCCAAUAGUAAAGAUUUCGUUCUAUAUUGCCCCACCACCGGAACGGAAGCUCUGAGUCCAUGGGAGACGAUUGGAUCGGUUGGAACGAGGAAUUUCAUGCUGUGCAAGAAACCUGAGAAGGUGGUGGAGGGUGGCGAUGGUGUCGGAAUAACAAGGAAAGGCUCCGGCAGCUGGAAGGCGUGGUUCAAUAAAUCACUGAAUCUGAAAGUUUCUUCUCAUUGAUUCCUGAUGAGAUGAAUAUAAUAAGCACUGAUUCGUUGUUAGUUUUGUUUAGUGAUGAAUUUCUGGUGAGGGUUUUGUUUGUUUUUCAAAUGAAUUGUCAAUUUCCAAAUCUACUCCAAUAAUUUAUUAAUUAUUCGAUUGUGUUGCAUUAAAGGACACGAUGUCGUACUCUUCUACGAUAUUUGCGUCAUCAUACGUUAUAGAUUUUAUCCAACCAAGUUUAUUUUU